AUGGAGGACCCCAGGGCAUGGGCCCAUGACGCUGCGCAGCGGCUGCGCCGGCACUUCGCAAGCGAGCGCUCCGUGUCGCUGUACGAGGCGCUGACGGCGCACGUGCUGGACGCGGCCACGGGCGGCGCGCUGUUCCUGGGCGGCGUCUCGGCGGCUCAAGUGGCCCAGAAGCUGCUGCGCGUGGGCUCGGCCAGCGGCUUCCUACUGCCCCAGGCGCUGGGCGCCGCCGCCGUGGGCGCGUCCUCCGUGGCGGCGCUGCACUUCGCCUCCGUCCCGCGGGAGGUCUACCAGGAGCUGGCCCAGCAGCAGGAGCAGCAGCAGCAGCGCGGCUGGAGCUGGCUCGUGCUCGGCGCGCGGAACCUGCAGCCGCCCACGGCCUGGCGCCUGCUCUGCAGCAAGGCACGCGAGCGCUGGGAGGACCUCCCGCACGCGCCCGCCCCCGUGUACGCGGUCAUGGGUCUGCUCUGCUUCAAGCUGCUGGGCGGCCGCACCAGUGCGCUGGCGCCCUCGCCCUUCGCCGACCUGGGCGCGUUCCACCUCAAGAAGGCGUCGCUGCCGGCCACGGCCGAGUACGCCACGAGCGUGGAGAGGGGCGUCAUCCAGGAGUUCGGCCGGCUCUUUGGCUGCCACACGUGCGGCGUCAAGCGUGGCGUGCGCUACCACGCCGACCACAUGCCGCCCAAACUGUACGCCGCAUCAGCGGAGGCUAUCUGGUUGCAGGUGGCGAAGCGCGCGGACGAGCAGUUGUUGCGGAGGCUGCUGGGCCGGAAGACGGCCUUCCGCUUCUACCCGCAGUGCGAGUCGUGCUCGAACCAGCAGGGCAGCGUGGUCAAGCAGUGGAAGUCGACGCUCAAGAUGCACCUGCUUUCCUUCCGCGCGCACCAUGCCACUGGCCUGUGGCUCGUGCUGCUGUGCACCGGCGGUCUCUACGUCGGAGGCUCCAACUUCCACGAGACGUCCGAGGUGUCUGCGCCCAUGGAUGACGCCCUCGACUCUCCUGGGGCCUUCACGUCGUCCGACUUCUCGCUGCUGGUGUCGCUGCGGGAACGGGGGCGCAAACUGCGGCGUGAGCGAGGCAAAGUGAGCGACCCGGCGCAGAUCGCUGCGAUCGACAAGGAGCUGGAGGCAGUAGCGGAGUGCAAGACGGCCGUCAAAGCCGACAUCAAGCGGCAGAAGAGGGCCAACUAGCGGUAUUAAAACGCCACUAACACGCAACGCAGUUUUGAUCAGU